AUGAACCUGGACCCUUUAACGUUUAGCUUAUCACAAAUCAAUUAUCUCGUUACAAAUUUGAAUAAGAAGAACUUCAAGCAGACUAAUCAAGAGUUGUCCCAGAUUGUCAGUCUCUAUGGCUUGGAAGCAGAGAAUCAACUGCUGAGGUGUCUGCUCACUGAAGCCGCGAAGACCUUGUGGGACAACGACCGACAGGGCACUACUUACAGUGUCCACGCAUCCCUCCUCGCGCAGCAUCUCGCAGCCCUACUGAACCAUCCGGCCAAGUCCACUGUUGUCUGCCGGUCUGUGGACCAGCCUACUAAGUCUUUGCAGAAGGUCCUAAAACCCUCCAAUACUUUACUCAGUCGACUUGCAAGAUUGCUGAAAUUGACAACGGCCCAAGAUGUUGCCUUCUCCUUGGUUUUGAGAAGAUAUUCAUCAAAGCCUGAGAUUGUUUCUCUGACUAAACAACAUUUAAAGAAACGAUUUUUGGACUUUGUACAGUGUUAUCUUGAUGCAGAACGCGGACAUCAAGUCGAGCGUGCAGGUCUUCAGGAAUGCAGCCCUGAAGUUUUGCAAACUCUGCUAACUAGUCUCGCGUUUGAGAACUUUCGGCUAGCUGCCGUGACGAAGGACCUGUUUUUGAAACGGUUACGAAUCGAUUUUCCCCGGGAAGUAGUGCCUAUCAUCUUAGCGCCACUGCUGUACCCGGACGACACUAAGACGCCUCUUGAGGAGAUGACCACAUCUGACGACAUGACAGCGGCCAUGAUGGAUAACUCUCUUGCCGAAAUCAUCCGAGACAUUGGCUACAAUUUCACGUCGACUGUCGAAGAUUGCAAAAACAACAUGAUUAAUUUUGGUGCACGCGAGCCCACUGCUAUCGAUAUAGCAAGAAUCAUUUCAAUGAUGGUCAGAUACCAUGCGACCUUACAAGAAGGACCACAGAUACAAACACCUGGAAACUUCUGGAUGAAUCACGAAGCUAAGAAAGACGCUAUAGCACACGGACCAGAGACAUGGAAUGCUGAAGUGUUCGUUCAAACGCUUAAAGAGCUAGCAUCGAAUUUGAAUUGGAAGGAAGUUAUUCUACAGCUCGAUCAUCCAGAAUUUAUAGUACCAGACAGACAAGGAUUGAGUCUGCUGUUCGCGAUUUUACGUUUGGGUCUCCAGAGCGCUGGCUAUCCAGCAAACAUAUUUCCAAUUGAGUAUCUCUGUCGGCGAUGGACUAAUCUAGAAGGACAAAUGAGUUUGAUUUCAAAUAUCCUCAAGCAUCCAGAUAUAUUCAGUUUCGCAGACCAUCCAUUCCAUCCGGUAUCGAUUGAUCUGCUUAAAUCUCCUCCUGAAACAGACAAUAAAGAAAUUGCGACUUGGCGUUGUCUCUACUUAGUUGAGCUGUUGCUGUAUGCGUCAGAAAGGGGAUAUUACAUGCAAGUUCACGAGUUAUUCAAGUUUCCAUUACAACAUUGCCCAGAUAUCUUACUGCUCGCCUUACUACAAAUAAACCCACCCGUGACAGUAUUUAGACAAGAGCUGUUGACGACAUUGAUUCCAAUUUUUCUUGGCAACCAUCCUAAUUCGGGUAUAAUGUUGCAGCACGCGUGGCAUUCACAAAACCCAAACAUAAAAUCUAUAAUCAUGCAUGCUAUGGCCGAUUGGUACAUACGAGGUGAAAGCGAUCAAUCCAAGCUUUCCAGAAUAUUGGACGUGGCGCAGGACCUUAAGGCAUUGUCCUUAUUGUUAAACGUUCAAUCAUUCCCAUUCGUCAUCGACCUGGCGUGUCUCGCUUCUAGGAGGGAAUAUCUGAAAUUGGAUAAAUGGCUCACAGAUAAAAUACGAGACCACGGAGAGACUUUUGUAUCGGCAAUGGUGAAAUUCCUUCAGCGCAGAUGCCCACAAGUAUUGGGCAAAGUACCAGAAGAACAGCUGCCUAAAGCAGCUCAACUACCCCCAGAGACUGUAGCUACGAUGUUGACUUGCCUGCAACUGUGCAUACCGAAUGUACAGCAAGAGCUGCAAGAGGCGAUUUACAAUUUGAUGGCUAAUUGCCAGACGUUGAUAUUGAGUAAAGCUCGACCUGGCAUAGCAGGGAUAGCCCGACCACAUACUAGAGUGCUAGAAACGCCGUUCAAUCCAGCUGGGCUAGGUGCUCAAUUAUUUACGCCUCACGUUGAUUCUAUUGCGAAUUUGACACCGAAUGUCGCUAAUAUGACUUUGGGAGCUCCAGCAAAUACAGCCUUUGCGAUGCCGGGCACUUUGGGCCCCUUAGUUACUACUCCGGGAUCUCCGUCUAGAUUGAUGGGAGCUGGUCCUAACAGUCCAUUCGCAAUGAUGCCCAUACAGCACAACGUUAACCUGAAUAUGUCUGCUCUAGCUCGUAUGCCACCAGCUCCAGCUAUGGACAAACCUCGUAUACCUGAUCCCAUACAUUUCCCGGAAAUUAUGCAUAAUGUCUCAAAAGAAAUCGAAGAUGAAGCCAACAGCUACUUUCAAAGGAUUUACAAUCAUCCUCCGCAUCCAACUCUGUCGAUAGAUGAGGUGUUAGAAAUGCUAAAGAAGUUCCAGGACUCGCCAAAUAAGAGAGAACGGGAAGUGUUCUCAUGUAUGCUCCGAAAUCUCUUUGAAGAAUAUAAAUUCUUUCCACAAUACCCAGACAAAGAGCUUCAUAUAACAGCACAGUUAUUUGGUGGAAUAAUAGAGAAAGGUCUAGUCCCUAGCUACGUUUCAUUGGGACUGGCUUUAAGAUUUGUCCUAGACGCUUUACGUAAACCGGAAGGCUCUAAAAUGUAUUACUUUGGUAUAGCGGCUUUGGACAGAUUUAAGUCGCGAUUGAAGGAUUACCACAAGUACUGUGAGCAUGUAAAAGCUAUACCACAUUUUAGUGAAUUCCCGCCGCAUCUAAUCGAGUAUAUUGAGUACGGACUGCAGAGCCAAGAGCCGCCGACUAAGCCGCAAGGGGCUGUUCUACCAACGAGUCUGGCCGCCAUGUUGAACCAAAGCGCCGUUGUAACUGUUUCAGCACCGUACAGGGCCGUGGUAUGCGCCCACAAUCCUAUUUCUGUUAUAUCGAAAGUUACAAACUGUGCUGCUGGCGGCAUUGGCAGUCGGCCAUCAAUUGCCAACGCGACCAACAUCGAUACUUUACUGACUGCAACCGAUAGGGAUGAAAAGAUCAAUGCUCCUCCAGAAGCCAUUCAAGACAAGACUGCAUUCAUUUUCAACAACCUCAGUCAACUCAAUCUACAAACAAAAUGCGAAGAGCUAAAGGAAAUCAUAACUGAUGACUAUCAUCAGUGGUUGUCUCAAUACCUCGUUAUGAAACGAGCUUCCAUUGAGCUCAAUUUCCACGCUCUGUAUUCUAAUUUCCUUGAUGUUCUUAAAAUUCGUGAAAUAAACAAAAUGGUGACAAAAGAAACAUAUCGUAACAUUAGAGUGUUGCUGCGAUCUGAUAAAGGUAUCGCUAAUUUCUCCGACCGAUCGCUGUUGAAAAAUCUAGGUCAUUGGUUAGGCAUGCUCACCUUGGCUCGAAAUCAACCAAUCCUUUAUGUGGACCUUGACCUCAAAGCACUUUUACUUGAAGCUUAUCACAAAGGCCAGCAGGAGCUCCUUUACGUGGUUCCUUUUGUUGCGAAGGUCUUGGAAUCCUGCGCCAAGAGCAUCGUAUUCAAACCACCGAACCCAUGGACCAUGGCUCUGAUGAACGUAUUGGCCGAGCUACACCAAGAACCAGACCUAAAACUGAAUUUGAAGUUUGAAAUAGAAGUGCUUUGUAAAAACUUAAGCUUGGACAUUACAGACCUGAAACCAUCUCUGUACCUAAAGGAUCCGGAUAAAUUGAGAACCAUCGAAUUUCAACUAUCGCAACCGAAACAGAACAAAGAAGCUCCGGCUAAUGUUAUUCCAGUAAACCAGGCCAUAGUGCAAGCGCCGCAGAUACAAAUGAUGCCUCCUCCACCACAGCCAAUGAUUCCAACCGAAGACUUGUCUGUUGCAGCGCCCACGCCCACUAGCGGUCUGGUAGCGAACGAUCCCAAUUUAAUGGGCGUUUUAGGACUGCCCGAACCGAGAUUCAACUAUCUCGACGUGAACGUCUCGUCGACGUCAGCCUUCGGUCAGAAGAUAUGCUUCAACCCGCACAUCAUUCUCUUUCAAAAUUAUCCUCACCUAAAGCAGUUCGUCAAACCGGCGAUCGAGAGGUCCAUACAGGAAUGGAUCCACCCAGUCGUUGACCGAUCGAUUAAAUACGCGUUGACGACAUGUGAACAGAUCAUCAGAAAGGACUUCGCUUUCGAUCCUGAUGAGGGACGUAUGCGCACCUGUGCCCACCACAUGAUGAGGAACCUGACAGCUGGCAUGGCGAUGAUCACCUGCCGGGAGCAGAUCAUCAGUACCAUCAGCACCAACCUGAAGGCCGCCUUCAUCACCGCACUGAUACCGUCCACACCACAACAGUUGAACGCUUUGCAGAAGGAUAUUAUAGAAAGUGCAGCAGCUGUUUUAGCGACAGAGAAUAUGGAGUUGGCCUGCGCCUUCAUACAGAAGACGGCCGUGGAAAAGGCAUUACCUGAGCUCGACAAGAGGCUGAUGAACGAUUACGAGAUGAGAAAGAUCGCACGUCAGGAGGGCAGGAGGUACUAUGACCCGAUAGUGCUGACCUACCAGACGGAGAGGAUCCACGAGAGAGUCCGCCUCCGUGUAGGAGGGCCCACGGAGUUACAGAUUGCUGUGUAUGAGGAGUUCGCCUGCAACAUCCCUGGCUUCAUGCCAGUGCGUGAUCCGGGCAUGUUCAUCCCAAAACCCUCGGCUCAAGAACAAAUACCACAGAUGACAUUUAGUCAAGUUAUGAAUCCCACUCAGGUGUACGGUACUGAUGAGAUGGGCACUCUCAUAACAGCAGCGGAACUGUUCCUCUCAAACGCUGUAAACCUCCCAGCGUUUGCAGUGCAAGCCACCAACAUGCACACCCUCCUCGAAUGUAUCAUGAUGGCGAGACGGAAUAGGGAUAUCGUAAUUGGAUAUACACUGCUUCAAAGGGCUGUCGAAGGUCUACUCGAUGGACACAUAGUCCAACCAGGAGCGAGUUCAGAACAUGUAGAGAUAAUGACCCGCUACCGUGACAUCCACCUUCGGGUCCUGAAACUUCUAGAAGAUGCUAGAGUGUACGGACACGCGUGGACUACCAAGCAGAUAACAUACUGUAUCACUGAGUCCAGAGAUGAAUUGAAAUACAAUUUGGAAGCCAUUGAUUGCCUCGUGAGAAACCAUCUUGUUAAUAUGCCACAGUACGAUCUCGCACUUGCGCAUCUCCUUGACAACGGAAACAACUACGUGGCUGUAGCUUUUGCGAUGCAACUCGUACAACUGUACCUAGUAGACGACAGGAACAGUAUGUACGCAACUGAAUCCGACUUAUAUCACACGACAGAGACAUUAGUAAGACUCAUGUCCCACUCGAGACAGCCCCCACCAGAAGGAUUGGCUACGUUGAUAGAAACAAUACGUAUAAAUCAAGAUCCUAGCACAUAUUUGGGUGAAAGGUCACCCUUGGGGCCCACUGCGCAUAUCCACAACGGUAUUGUGCAAGUGCGAGCUCGAGAGUACGACGAUCCACCCGGUCUCCAGGAAAAAACCGAGAACCUUCUCCGCGAGUGGAGGAAUGUCCUUCUCAGUCCUCUCACGGAGAUUGAGAUUGGACAAAACUUCAAUAUCUACGUGCACCGAAUGAAUAUGAACGGCAUACUGAAAUCUGAUGAUAUGAUCACACGUUUCUUCAGGAUUGCAACGCAAAUGUGUAUAGAAAAUGUCUACCAAUUACUAAACGAGGACAGGAUGAACCCUCCCCCAGUUCCGCCUAAACGAGAGAAGUAUUAUGCGAUGUGCGAUUCCUUCAUCAAAUUGGUGUCUCUCCUGAUAAAGAAUACGGCGGACGGCGGCAAUCCCACGCCGAAACUUAAUUUGUUGAACAAGAUCCUAGGCAUCAUAGCGGGCUGUCUACUUCAAGAUCACGAGGAGCACGGUGCCAACUUCCAACAGCUUCCCUACCAUCGUCUUCUGCUGAUCCUCUUCCUCGACAUGAACAUGGCUGAGCCUGUUUUAGAAUCUAUGAAUUAUCAGGUUCUAACAGCAUUCUGCCACACACUUCGCAUAGUGCGCCCCAGCGUGGCGCCCGGCUUCUGCUACGCGUGGCUCGAGAUCGUCGCGCACCGGGCCUUCGUCAACCGCGUGCUCGCAGUCACGCCGCAACAGAAGUCUAUCACGGAAGUCUUGGGUUGGGGAAUGUAUUCGACGCUGCUAAUCGACCUUUUCAAGUUCCUCGAUCCGUUCUUACGUAACACGGAGCUGGCGACACCCGUCAUGAUGCUGUACAAAGGGACGCUGAAAGUGUUGCUAGUAUUGCUCCACGACUUCCCAGAGUUUUUAUGCGACUACCACUACGGUUUCUGCGAUGAGAUACCCCCAAAUUGCAUUCAGAUGAGGAAUCUGAUAUUGUCAGCGUUCCCGAGGAACAUGCGUCUGCCAGAUCCCUUCACUCCCAACUUGAAGGUGGACUUGCUGGCGGAGAUAACGCUACCUCCUCGCGCGGUAAUCAACUACGCUACCAUCAUCCCUGCAACGCAGUUCAAGAAGGAUUUGGAUGCUUAUAUAAAAGCACGUGCUCCAGUCACGUUCCUAUCGGAGCUACGUAGCAAUAUGCAGAUUGUGAACGAGCCGGGCCGUAGAUACAACAGUCAGCUAAUGAACGCGGUAGUACUGUACGUGGGGACUCAGGCCAUAGCCCACAUACGAGCGAAGGGACAAACACCAAAUAUGUCCACAAUAGCCCACUCCGCCCACAUGGAUAUAUUCCAAAACUUCACCGUUGAUUUUGACUAUGAAGGACGGUAUCUGUUCCUGAAUGCGAUCGCAAAUCAACUGCGUUAUCCAAACAGUCACACGCACUACUUUAGCUGUUGUCUCCUGUACUUAUUCGCUGAGGCCAAUUCUGAAGCGGUACAAGAGCAAAUCACACGGAUGCUUCUAGAAAGGUUGAUCGUAAACCGACCACACCCAUGGGGUCUUCUGAUCACCUUUAUCGAACUCAUCAAGAACCCAAUAUAUAAGUUCUGGACUCAUGAAUUUGUACACUGCGCUCCAGAGAUCGAAAAGUUGUUCGCGUCCUCUGUCCGGCAAAAGCAAAUAUUUGAUUGCUUUGGCGAGAGAGGCUUCCAGGAGGCGCAGCAUGGAGGAGCGCCACAACCACAACCAUCAACGUCGCAACCCGUCAAGCAGGUCCUGCAGUGGAACAAGCUGUUCAAGAAG